CUGAGAGACACUUCCUGCUUCCUCCCUUCAGGUGGGGCCCUGCCUGCGCGUCCAACACCCCAGAGCCGUGUGUGCCACCUUCAGACAUGUGCUCCUGCCCAACAUUUCCCAAGGUGAUGUCCAGCCACUCCCGCUAACAUCUCUCUCUUUUUCACCUGCUCGAAGAAUCGGUCACCAUGACAUGGUUGUCUCACUCAUGCACGGUCGUGCUGUCGAUCGUGUUCCUGGUGGUGAUGAUGACGCCAGAACUCACCACGGCCCUCUCGCCCAGGCCCAUCAAAAAGGAAGCUCCUAGAAAUCGGCGCUCGAUCUCGCCUUCUGACGUGAACGUUACUGCCAGCGCUACAAACAGCAGCUAUGCCUUUGGAUAUUCCGGUUCUUCAGAGAAUGCCACUGCCACCACACCGGCUCCAGGGACCUCUGCGAAGCCCUCUGUGAUACAAACCUCGAGUCACACUCCAGAACACCCGGCCAACACAGAGCAAGCUUCUAACAUAAACGAUACAACGAACGCCACCCAGCCAAAGACACAUACGGUGACUGUGAGUCCCCGAGCUUUUGAGGGCAAUGAGACAACAUCCAAUUCUGCAAUAAAUCCAACUUCCACCCCUACAAGGAAUAUCUCAUCUGGAGUGACAUCUCAUAGCGAUUACUCAGGAAACACUUCAGACUCCACCACAACAGACAGGCCUCAGUCAUCCCACACAGUGACCAGCCCAACGUUUGACACCAAGUCUCAACCCAUAGCCACAACUUCCUCAGUCCACACUAACGCAUCGACAACAUCAUCUAAUGAUUCGGUCUCCACUGUCUCUGGCGCACCUGGUGACUCUACCAAUAGGAUGACAACCGAGCGUGUGCUGACCACCACCACCAACUCCUCCAACAGUUCGGCCAUUAUCAUCCACCCGAGGCCAAAGGGCACAACGACCUCGGCGACGACGACGACGAAGACGACGACGUCCAAAUCGUCGCAACCGCCUCUGACCCCGAGGAAGAGCGACUGUCCGCUGCAGACGGCGGCCCCGGGACAGAAGCAGCAGGGCCUGGUGAGCAACUGCCUGAUCGCCAUCGCCUCCCUGGCGGGCCUGGCCACCUUCUUCAUGGUCUGCUCCAUUGUCCUCUGCACCAAGCUCUCCGCCGCCAACCACCGCUACCGCUACCGGCUGAGGUCGUCCGGCGGCGAGGGCACGGAGAUGGUGUGCAUCUCGGCCCUGCUGCCGGACGGCGAAGGCCUGGUGGUGAGGCCCAAGACCCCGAAGAGCAACGGCGCCCUCAUCCCCAACACGGAUGCAGACAGCGAUUGUGAGGACAACCUCACCCUCAACAGUUUCCUGCCAGAUGCAUGAGGGCUGGACAGCCUCACUCACAACCGUUUCUGCCAGUUCCCUUCCAGAUAGUGAGCAGCGUAUGAGAGACAUAGUCAUGGGCUGGGCUGCUUCAAAUUUCCUGUUUCCUGCCAGAUAUUGAACAACUGUCAGGUGUUGUGCACUCUGAUAUUUGGUGUUAGUUGCAUAAUGGAAUUCAUCACAAGGAAGGGCUAUGAUGGAGACUAAUAUUGUCUUUUGAUGCCAGCCUCUUAAAACAAUUGUGUUGUCCCUAUCUGGGCAUAGAGAUGUGUUAGAAAAAAAACAAUGCCAGUUGUGUUGCUUUCAACACAUUCGUAACCACAAAACAAUUUAUUUAUUCUCAGAAUUUCAAUUGCAUUCUGAGCUUUUCAAUCUGGUUGGCAAACAUUUAAGUGUAUUUGAGUGAUACACUGACCACAAUAUACAAUAUUGACACUGUACAUCCACAACGCCUGGCAUUGCACAUUGUAACUUUUGUGGAAUGUGGCCAGAGAUUGGCCCAUGUAGACACCUUUCAACACACUGUGACUGCACCCCUAAAUGUUGAAAAAAAAAAUGGUAAAUAGUAAACAGUAUGUGGGUAAGUGAUAACAAGGGGUAAAUACCCAUUACCCAUCCUCACAUUAUGUUGCUUUAAGUGACAGACGCCAAUCAAUCUGACAAAUCAACAUCUCAACUUUGCAAGCAUCCGGCACUACUGCAUUUGGAUGAACAUGCGUGUUAGUUAUUUGAGGAUCUGAGAUUCGAUACAUUCCUUGCAACAUGCAACCCUUUACCUGAAAACACCAAAAAGGAAGCUGUUGGACUUUCAAACAGACACUUCCCCUUUCAGUCUACACAACCGGUUCUAACAUGCACAUUCAGUACUGAGACAAUACAGUACAACAGCAGCAACAACAACAACAACAACAACAACACAUUGCCUUUAUAUGGCGCUGUCACUGUAAAUAGGCAUUGUUUGCUAUUUUGUGAUAUAAAAUGUAUGUUUAUUGUAUUAUUGUGUCUUAUUAUAUUUUAUUUUCCCAUUCACAUAUGGCCUGUACUAUUCUCUGAUUAUGAGUUCCAUUAACCAUACGGCAUCUAAACAAAUGUAUUUAUUUUAUUAUUUUAUGUACAUAAUUGAAUUUUGCCUUAGAUGUUUUAAGUUACUUAUUUAAUCUUGCACUGAAAAGAAAAUUGUCCAUUCAGAAAAGACUUCAGUUACUGUAAGUUGACUCAGGACCGCAACAGGAUUUUUGUGAGAACUGUGUUUUCUACGGGUGCUUCUUCAGCUGUGCAGACAGACAGCUCUCGCACUGGCUCUCCCUGGGAUUCAGCCCUGAUUUACGCGCCUGGAAUGAAGGCAGCAGACAUUAAGUGCGAGGCUACUGCACGAUGCCCUUGGACUCUGUCCAGCACAAUCCCCUCAAGUCACACAGGAGGAGAGGAGAUGGAAAAUGCAGACCCUGCUUUAUCAAAUCCCUGUCAGGACAAGACAUGUUUCAGAAAGUCAUUCUUUGUAUAAGUGCACAUAGUUUUGUACUUAAGCACUUGUUGGAUUGGUAAAAUGUACUGUAUUAUAUAAUAUCUUGUAUAAUUUCAUAAAUUAUAAAGCAAAUAA